GCUCGCUCUCUCCCUCCCGCGAACGAUAAACAUGGCUGUCGUGCUUUGUGAUGACGAUUAUCCGCGCGAGUUUGUGCGGCCGAGUGUCGCACCGAGUGACCGCGAGUAAUAUGGAUGAGGGACGCCAGUCCCGGAGACCCAGGCUGUUGUCUGGGUGAGCAAUGAAUGUACUUCGUAUUUUAACACCGUGUGUGUUACAACGCAGACGUAUAAGAGGUAUAGAUAAUACUGAUAAAAGAGAUUCCUGGUUCAUGAGAAGACAGCUUGGAGAUGCCUCUCACAUGACACAUAGAAUGGGUGCUUCUGCAUCAUCAAGCAUCACCAGCGUAGGUGGAGACCCAGUCCAAGCAGCCAGACUUUCAGCGUCUAGUAGUCCUGAACAACAUGGCAUUGCAGUUAGUUGUUUAUUCAUGUAUAGAGAGAAAAAGAAGAAGAUGACAGGAUUUGCAACAUUACGCAAGAAGUUUAUUAGGAGACGCCGCUCCUCUAAAGCAUGUGAUCAUGGUAGAAUUAUUAGAGAUUUGGUGUCGACAUGGAGUCACUUAGAAGCAACUGCUCUACUUGAAGAGUACGAGGCGUUAGCUGCAUUGAAAGAUCUUCAUGUUCAAGCUGAAUUAGCUAGACCGCCAGCUGCUACUUUUAAGCAAGAUCUAUCGAUGUUAUAUGAUUACAAACAUUGCUCUGAUGUGGAUCUUGUAUAUAGAGGAGCAUGUUUUCCCGUUCAUAGAGCUGUUCUCUCCGCCAGAUGCCCAUACUUUAGGGAUUUGCUAGCUGGCUGUCCUGGAUACGGUGCUAGAAUAUGUUUGGAGUUACGAACUCCGCAUCUCGAAGUACAGAUGUUCUCAGCGUUGUUACGAUAUCUUUACACUGGUGAUAUUUGUCCACAUGAUGCGACUUUGGAAGCGAACUUACUCCGGCGACUUGGAGAAGAGUUUGGAACUCCAAAUCCACUGGAGCAUGAUCUCAGAUACUUGCUGGACACGGGUGAUUAUGCAGACGCCGCUCUCGUAUUCACGUCGGACAGUGAUUAUCAAAGACCGGAUAGUGGAAGUUCGGAAUAUGGAUUUCGUCCCAAAUUAGAGCUGCCAUGUCAUAAAGCGAUACUUUCCGCAAGAUCUCCUUUCUUCAGAAAUUUAAUACAAAGACGGACUAGAUCAGGCGAGGAUCAUACAGAAAGGGCACUUCACAUACCUACUAGAAUAGUACUAGACGAAAGUGUAAUACCUAAACGAUAUGCCAGAGUUUUGCUACAUGCUGUGUAUCUAGAUACCGUCGAUUUAUCGUUAAUAUUGAGGGGAAGUGGUUGUGGAAAUAGUGCUGGUAGUUUGGGAGAGGUUCAAGCGCUAACACAUACUGGUCGAAUGCGACCAAGUCCAUUAGAAGAAGCGAUGGAAUUAUAUCAAAUUGGACGGUUUCUCGAGCUUGAUAUAUUAUCGCAAGGUUGCGAGGAUCUUAUUUUAGAGUAUCUCACCUUGGAAUCGUUACCGACUGUUCUGAAAUGGGGUAGUCAACCUCAUGGAUCAGCAUGGGUGCAUAGACAAGCGUUGCAUUAUCUAAGAGAGGAAUUUCAGCCGAUUGCUUCGUCUUCGAUCCUUCAUCAAUUAGAUCACACCCAUUUAGCGAAUGUUUUACAGAGUCAUUUUUUACAAGCGAGCGAACUUGAAGUACUGCAGGCAGUACUCAAGUGGGGCGAACACGAAUUAGUACGUCGAAUGGAAGAUCGGGAACCUAAUUUGCUUAGUCAUACCGUGCACUCCGUCACAAGAAAGGGUAUUAAGAAAAGAGAUCUCAGUGACAUCGAAUUACGAGAGAUACUAAGUGAACUCUUGCCGCUUGUCAGAAUAGAUCAUAUACUGCCACCCAAUAGUGAAGCAUUAGCACAAGCCAUUAGGAGAGGACUGGUUUCAACUCCGCCAAGUCACAUGAUAGGGGACGAACGAGAUAACUUGAGGGUGAAUGCUUGGAUAAGAGGCGGAAAGAAGAAUGGGUUUUUUGUGAGGCCAAGAUUAUUUAUGCCGUAUUACGAAGAAAUCAAGUCUUUGGUGGAAGAACAAAUGAUUCAAGAAGCUGAUCUUGUGAGAUUACGAAGGCCGAGAUACGUAGCGGAUAUACCGGACGCGCUAUACAUGGUUGAGGAAAAACCAAGAGCCAUGGGUACCGCUGGUGUUGAUGUUCUGGCAGCUGCAUUUCCAGUACCAGACUCUGCAACAAUGGCUGCAAUGUUGAAACGGGAGCAAAAAUUGAAACAAUCGCCCAGUUGUCAACGAGCCAUAAGUUUGCCGCUUUCUUCGCGACAUGAAAUUAAUCGCCAAGUGCGACUACGUGUUGUCAGGGAGUUUAACUUACCCGAUACUGUAGCAGAUCUUCUGGAAAACACAGCGUCUUACAGUAUGAAAGAGCAAAACGAGCAGAGGAUGACAGAUAUAGAGGACAUUGACUCGCCGGGCAUGGGUAUUCGUGUGAGAACUACCGCCCCGGUGUGUUACGGCAGGAACAUGACAUUUCCUCGGCCGACUUCGUCUUACGCACAUAGACACGAACUUCCAGCUAUAGUGACCGAGGGAGAGAGCUGCAGACUUCUUGCCGAGCAGCAAGACGGCAAUUCCUGCAGCGACGGCCAACUGUCGGGCGUAAUGCCGGACGUAGCGAUGGCGACGGCCUCCUUCGGCGCUCUGCACUUAAUCGAGGAGCAGGAACUGGAAUUGGAUCUCGGUGACGGGGCGUCGCACCUCUUGCCGCAUGUUUCCCCGUCGAGCGGCGGAACCAUCGAGCCGGCUGCGCACCGGUCGUCGCUUCCUCAUCAGCAUCAAAGACAUUUCUCCGGCCCGCCGCCCCCACCUUACGUGUAUCAUCGUGCUGGCACUGCCUUACCGAGGUUUAUUUGAAAUUUAUGUACGAUAUGUGGAUGGAGCGAAUAACGCGGCAACUACUGACGAUCUCCCUCUGCGCCCCUUCCCAUCUCCGUCUCUCUUUCUCUCUCUCUAUUUAUCUAUCUAUCUAUCUAUCUAUCUAUCUAUCUAUCUAUCUCUGUUUCUCCCCCUUUCGCCCCUUAUUAUUAUAUAGCUGGCUACCGUAGCGUGUAUCGAUCAAAUCUUGUUAUUGCGGUACAAAUUUAUUACAAGGAUAUAAUUGUAUAUGUACAUUUUAUUUAAAACAAGCUUAAAAACGAGGUAGAGAAAGUACUUGGUUUAAGAGUAUCCGUAAUCUUAUUGCAUCCGGCAGUUACAUACUGUGCGCACACAAAAAGAAAAAAGAAUCUUGUACGAUGAUCGAGUACGAUGCGACUUCGCGAAAACGUAUACGGAGUAUACGGAGAUUUCACAUCGUACAAAAUCUAUAAAUAUAUAUAUAUAUAUAUAUAAAUAUAUAUAAAUAAAAAUAAAAAUAUAAAUAUAUAAAUGUAAUGAGAUUAAGUGCAAUCGUGUAUGAGAACAAAAACUGCGAUUGUGAUUUAUACAUAUAAAUAUGUAAUCGUGAUAUGUGCAUGUGAGUGUACUUAUAUGUAUGAGUGGGCGUGUAUGUGUAUGUGUAUGUGUGUGUGUGUGUGUGUGGAGAACGUAAUGUGUACUCGCGGUUCCGGCUCUGAAGUGUCAAGUCUGUUAGCAAGAAAGUCUCCAGAGGAAAACAAAGAAAAAAAAGAAACGAAAGAGGAACGAUGUAUUGUUUCGGUAUUGAAUAAAUCGCGCCUUGUCACCCCACCAUCUUUAUACUCCAUAUAAUUAUUACAGGGAAGUGAAAGUGCCUUGUAUUCUUCGUACAUUUGUUUCUUCCCGCGGAGAAAGCGCGGCGGCGGCGAUGUCGGCGACGGCGACGGCGACGGCGACGGCAACGACAACUCACGCGAGUGGAGCUGCGAAGCGCUUGAUGACAUUUUGCCAUGCUAAACUUUUUAAUUUUUCCUCUCUUCUAGGGCAGUUUCGAUGUAUGACGGGCUAUAGUAAGACUGUAAGUACACAAGAGAAAUCCAAUCGAUAAAACAUAUAUCGCGCGCUUAGAGAGAUGACGUCCGGGGCGCCUCGGGUCGUAAAAAGCGUGCGUGACGUUCACGAUAUUUAAUGGGUUAAUUAAUUAUCGCUAAGUGCUCGAGUGCAUGAGAAUUUUCUAAGAAAAAGUUUUCCAUGAAUUUAAAUGUACGCUUCCACCGGCCUUGUCGUCGCGGCUUUGUAAUAUAUCCACAAACAGGGUACGUACUACAUACAUGGCGACCUAGAAAUCGCGUAUCAUCUCUGAGACGAUACGCGCGACAAAGUUAUGAAAAGAAAAAAGAAAAAAAGAACGCCGCUCUAAUUCCGAGAUAUUAAUUUCAAAUCAUAUGCGCGAUCAAAUCUUGAAAGUUCUUGGGAAAACUGUGUUUAAGGGAUGCAAAUGUAUAAGAAAAUUUUAUUCCUUGCAUAAUCUUGUCUUCUCGAGAAGAAUUUAACUGAAGAGAAGUUAAAAACUUUCAAUUUAAGGAGACAGUAAGUAAUAGCUACUUAAAUAGUAAAAAAAAAUCGAAUGAGAAGCAUCGAUUGAACGGAAUAGGCAUAGUAAUUAAAUUACCACUAAUUUUUCUUUAGGAAAAUGACCGAGUUUGAUUAGUCACAACUUGACUAAUAGCGAAUCUGUAACCGAGAGGAAGUUUGUUUCUGGGUUAACAUUUCAUUCCGUAAAAGUCAUAAAAUGUCAGACUUUAUUUCAAUACUGCCGCAUAAUGCAACGUAGUAAACGAUGGAAAACUAGUCACUUUCACUUUCGUUGAAGCAACAACGAUCAGGUGGAGAUUAAUCACUCUAAACGUAGACAGAUGUAAGAUUAAUAUCGAGGUAGUAAUUACUCCUUAUUUAACAUGGCUCCUUGGUGGGAUGUAAUUAUUAUUAAGAUACUCGAUUAUAGACUUCAUAUUCGUAAUUCAAAGAAUUCCUUUACCGUCCUUAUGUUAAGUAUUUGAAGCUAUUAUUUCCUACAUAUACUGUAUACAAACCGCGCUCGUAAUUAAUCGUUCAAUUAACUUUAUCAAUUGUAUUAUAUGCGUUUCGUUAUAUCUCUUAGAAGAACACAUUUCGUCUUAGACAGAAAUGAAAUUUCGGCGUUGUUGUCACCGCUGGCGUAAAUUGUGAUAUUAUUCGAGAGAAAGUUAUUGGAUUAUUUCGUCAUUGUGGUUUAUAAUGAAUUUCUCCCUUCCAGACCUGGAUUCAGAAAGGAUGUAUGAUUAUGUAAAAUAUUGUUAACUGUGCGCGAAUUUAACACACAUUUAAGCUAAAUACCGAUCGUCUGCUUUGUAAAGCGUUUACUACCCUGCGAAUUAUAAAAUUAUCGGAUCUGUGUAUCUGAAACGAUGUUAAAUCGUGAAUCCACGACGAUGUCAGGUAAUAUCAACGGCGCCAGCAGUUCGUGAAUCCACGAUCGAUUGGCGAAGUUAUGAUUUAAAUAAAGCAACUAGACCAACUUUUAAGACCAGAAUAAAAAAAAUAGUUAUCACGUAGGUAGAUUAAUACUGUAUAGACUGAGGUAUAUCGCGAGACUAGUAUUUUGACAUUCAUAUAGUUCAUGCGUCACAAAAAAAAAAGAAAGACGAAAAGAAAUAAGAAAAGCAAUUUAGAUUUUUUCUUCAUUCGGACAUUCGUGAUUUUCAUCCCUCUUCGAAAUUGUUGAUUUCACAAACUUCACUGUCACGAGGUGUUGAUUACGUUUGCUGAAAAAUAAGAUUUUCGGACAGUUUAUCUUUUUUAUGGCUCACAUAAAAUAGAUAGAUGGCUCGCUAAGAUAUAUUUAAAAAUAAAAUUUAAUAAAUAUUUCAAAAUGGAAAA